CUCGAGUCAGGCGGCGCGUGGACACGUUUCCGCCCACAACAAAGAUGGCGGCUCCCGCACUGGAGAAACUCUCAGAGUCCCUGGGAUCCCCGGAGCCCGCUGUGCGCCUCAUGCUGUCCAUUUUAAUCGGUUAUCCCUGUGCGUUGUUUUAUCGCCGGUGUCUUUUCUACCAGCCGCCCACUCUUCUUCACGUGUUCCACACUCUGUUUGGACUCGCCCUCGCUGCUUUCAACUUUGGUACACAGCUCAGUCACUCCGCAGCAUGUAUCCUUGUACAGUUCCUGAUGCUGAGGCUCAUGGGAAGGACGGUAACCACUGUCCUCAGCAGUUUUUUCUUUCAAAUGAUUUACCUGUUGGCUGGAUACUACUUCACCGCCACAGGAGAAUACGACAUAAAGUGGACCAUGCCUCAGUGUGUGCUCGCGCUCAAACUCAUCGGUCUUGCGUGGGACUAUUAUGACGGCGGACAGGAAAAUUUGAGCGCUGAGCAGAAGAACUCGGCCUUGUCGUCGGUGCCCUCUCUGCUGGAGAUGUUUGGCUAUUCAUACUUUUACGGAGGCUUUCUGGUCGGGCCCCAGUUUACACUACGCAGCUACCAAAGACUGGUGGCCGGGGAGCUCACAGACUGCCCCGGGAAACCCCCUAACAGUGCUAUACCAGCUUUAAAAAGGUUUGCUCUGGGCUUCCUCUGUCUGUCAAUUUACACAGUGUUCAGUCCCUAUUACCCCGACAGCUACUACCUGACAGACGAGUAUGAGGCGCAGCCGUUCUGGUACCGCUGCAUCUUCAUCUUACUCUGGGCGAAAUUCAACUUGUAUAAAUACGUCAGCUGUUGGGUUAUAGCGGAGGGAGUGUGUGUGCUGGCCGGGCUCGGUUACAAUGGCGUCGGGGAGGACGGGCGUCACCGGUGGAACGCCUGCGCCAACAUGAAGGUGUCCGUGUUUGAAACCACGCCCCUGUUUCAAGGCACCAUCGCCUCCUUCAACACCAACACCAACGCCUGGGCCGCCAGACACGUGUUCAAGCGGCUGAAGUUCGUGGGCAAUAAGACGGUUUCUCACGUGACGACGCUGUUCUUCCUGGCGAUCUGGCACGGGCUCCACUCCGGAUACCUCAUGUGCUUCUCCAUGGAGUUUUUCAUCGUCAUCUUAGAGAGACAAGCUCAGGCUCUGGUCCGGGACAGUCCAGUUCUGUCCAGACUGGCCCACAGCGCUCUGUACCCGCUCAUCUACGUCGUACAGCAGUUUAUGCACUGGUUCCUCAUGGGCUACUCCCUCAUGCCCUUCUGCCUCUUCUCCUACGACAAAUGGCUCAAGGUCUAUCUGUCGGUGUAUUUCAGCGGACAUAUAUGUCUCAUUAUAAUGUUUUUAAUAAUGCCAUACCUGCGGAGGGCGCUGGUGCCCAGGAAAGACCGGAGCCUCAAAAAGGAAGAGUAAAGCUUCACGUGGUCUUUCCGAGGCCAUCCACUCAAGGGAACUGUGACUUUUGGAGCAGAAUGGGCAAAUUUAAGGCAUUUAGUAAUAUAUGUUAUAUAUAAAUUCUGUAUAUAUAAUCUGUAUAUAUACACGUCAAUGGAAAAUAAAUGUAUAUUUUUUUGUUGCUAGGGAGGUUUUAUAAACAUUUGACAGAUGUUUACAGGAAAUUACCUUUUGUGCCACAUGGGUUUUUGUGGGCCAAUAAGGUGCGAUUUCCUGUUUUUGUAUUUUUGAAGAAGAGGGACUUUAUGAACUUGAAACUUGCUGUCCGCUCUGAUUUGCACUGCCCGUUUGAGGGUCUGGAGUUUUGUUUUCGUCUCAUGUCUCACUUUAGCGGACUCGGAUUUGCACAGGACUUUCUCAUGACGUAACCACGAAGCCCCAUUCACACACGCAGCCCGAACGAACAAAGCCACGACCGAUUUAAACCGUCGUUUCGAUCUGGCAAUUUCCCCCGAGUAAAUGACCAAGUAUAUCCAGGGAAGGUUGAAGGCGGGAUAAAGCCAGAACGUUGACAAAACCAUCUUUAUUUCCCGUGUUAUGAACUCGUUUUCCUCGGUUAUUGAGUCGCCGAGUUGUCACUUCCAGGUCCAAACCACAAACGUCACACCUGAGCUUUGUUUUUGUUCUUUAUUCAUCAAAUCAAAGACAGUUACCUUUCGAAAGUGUAUGUUUAACCACGGAUUGCAUCAAAUGUGUAAAUAAUGUUGUAAUAAUCUCGCGUAACAGAGGAGUGUGAGUGUGUGCAGUGUUCUGUCGUUUAUCAUGGGGGUUACGAUCGAAAAAUAACGCAAAAUAGCUUUACUUUUUACAUUUUUUACAUUUCACAGUUCGUCUGACCGCGCCUCUUCGUCCUGGCGUCUCUGAACACGGAGGAGACUGAGGGACAACGGUCUACAGUCCAACAGCCAAUCAGGACGCACAACACAACGGUCUACAGUCCAACAGCCAAUCAGGACGCACAACACAACGGUCUACAGUCCAACAGCCAAUCAGGAUGCACAACACAAUGCAGGUUCAUACGAUGUUUAAAAUAAAAAAGCAAAAUUACACUAAAAACAUCCGCGAAACAGCGAGACCCGCGAAAAGUGAACCGCGAUAUAACGAGGGACAACUGCAUAUCUCACCAAUUCGGUAAAUGCUAACGGUAGCUUAGCCUAGCCUAGCUUCUUACCUCCACUUCCUUUGUACGCUUCCCGUCACAGUUAUAACGUCGCUAGCUUUAAACGACUGCAAACGUGAGGGGGGGAAAAAGAAGGAAAUUGUAAACGUUUCAAUCAGCCGAUGGACCAGGAAGUGACAUCACACCUAGCGACUAUAAACGCUCGGUUUCCUCGGUUACUAGCGUGGUUUCCGGGUUACGCUAGUUCUGUUCCAUUCUUAUAUUUAAAUAACGUAGCUGUUUGGUUUUUUUACGUGAGAGAGAACGCAGAAAACUUAAUGCCAAGUUAUGUGUGAACAGAGACGGUGAAUUUCUGGCUUUUUUAUUUUUUUAUUUUAUGUUUUUACCCGGCAAUUUUCUGGGUUGCGUGUGUGAACGGGGCUGUAGACUGUAGAUAUAUUUACAGUCUAAGGAUGUAACAGUGCCACAUGUUUAAAUAGGAGCGCAGCUUUGGUACAGAUGAAUCAGGGUUCGCUCGCAGCUGCCAGUGGUUAAAAAAAGCACUGUAAAGAAAAAAAAACAACAAAACAAAACACUCACUUCACUAACACACCGAUAUCAAAAGGCCUUGAAACUAUGAAUGUUUUAGAGUACAAAUGUUUGGGUUCAAUUUUUUUAUCUCGAGUUUUCAAUGCUUUUUUUUUUUUUUUUUUUUUUUUGGAAACGAUGGAAUUUUGUAGUUUUGAAAAAAAAAAAAAAACCCAACAAAAAAAAACCUAAAAAAAGAAGAAGAGUUUUAUGGAGUUCGAGCAUCUUCCCGUAUCGUUAAACGCGAGUUGUUUUCGCCUUAUCGUCGUCCUCCCGCGUGUCCAAACACCACCGUCCACUGCCAGUCUGCUCCCUGCGUUUUACGAGCAGAGUCUUCCCCAGCGCCGAAGUCGUCCGUGUGCUCCUUUUGUGAAGAAGAUGUUUUGUUUUUUGUUUUUUUUUUGGUUUCGUUUAAGUUCGUAUGAAGCGCCGUUCGUUGAGUCUUCGUUGCCACAGACCUCAUUUUAGAUUUCUUCAUGUUCGUGCUCAUUGUAAUUGUUCACUGGUAUUAAUUGUUGACCUUUGCCUUAUGAUUCUAAAUAUUGAGAGAAUACGUGGAGAGUGAUUUAAAUACAGUUUUAUAAUGUCAUAAAAUGCUGCAUUUCAAACUUCA